GUUUGUUUGGCUCCUGCUCUGACAGGCGCCGCUUCGCGCAGAGACGAAGGAAAGAAGCGACUGCGCAGCCGCGAGGGAGAGGAUAUUUCUGCAGCACAUUUUGCUAUAGUUUUUCAAUGAAUAUCUCCUCGAGCCUCAACCAAUUCAGCAUAGUUUGCGUCAGCCACAAAAACAAAGCUUCUGGAAUAUAAGAACUGCUUUCAAAGUACCUUUUAUAUGACCAAUGGUGAAAUUGAUUUGUACUCUAGCAGAUCAUAAAGAUGAUGUCAACUGCUGUGCCUUCUCCUCUUCCUUCUUGGCUACGUGUUCCUUGGACAAAACUGUCCGGUUAUAUUCUUUAAGCAAUUUUGAAGAGCUUCCUUAUUCACCACUAGAAGGCCAUACUUAUGCUGUCCAUUGCUGCUGCUUCUCUCCAUUGGGAAAUGUUUUGGCUUCAUGUUCUACAGAUGGCAAUACAAUUUUGUGGAAUCCUCACAGUGGACUAAAAUUGGCCGUUCUAGAGCACCCCUGUAGAAAUCCUGUACGAAUUUGCCGAUUUUCCUCUGAUUCCACCUUUUUGGUUUCAGGAGCGGCAGAUGGAAGUGUCAAUCUUUGGAAUGUCCAAUCCUUGAAAGUGUACCGAUCUGGUAGUGUUAAAGAUGGCUCUUUGGUAGCCUGUGCAUUUUCUCCUAAUGGAAGUUUCUUUGUAACGGGAUCAUCAUGCGGAGAUUUAACUAUUUGGGAUGACAAAAUGAGGUGCUUGUAUAAUGAGAAAGCCCAUGAUCUUGGAGUCACCUGCUGUGACUUUUCUUCCCAGCCACUUUCUGGUAAUAAGGAAGAUGUUGAAUACUACCAGAUGGCAUCUUCAGGUCAGGACAGCACAAUUAAGAUAUGGCUCAUGUCAUUUACUGAACUCACAGGACUUGAACUGAAAUGUAAGUGCACAUUAAAUGGACACACUGCCCCAGUUCUGGCUUGUGCCUUUUCUUGUGAUGGCAGAACUUUAGUCUCUGGGUCAGUGGACAAAACUGUAAUGAUUUUUGAAACUAACACUGGGAACAUCCUGCAUACUUUGACUCAACAUACAAGGUAUGUUACAACAUGUGCCGUUGCACCAGAUAUGCCAUUAUUUGCUACCGGUUCAAUGGAUAAAUGUGUGAAAAUCUGGCAGUUUGAACCAAAGCAGCUUUCCACAGGAAGUGCACUAAUCGAGGAACCAAAGAUAGCUUUGGAUAACUGGUCUGAAGAAGAUGUUUCUGCUUGGCUGUGCAAACAUGGCUUACAAGAUCUAGUUGAGAUUUUCAAAAAGAACAACAUUGAUGGGAAAGAACUGCUAAGCCUUACAAAAGAAAGCUUGACUGAUGAUUUAAAAAUAGAUUCCCUAGGUCUUCGCAGUAAAGUAUUGCGUAACAUUGAGAAGCUGAGGAAUGAGCUGGGGUCAGCCUGUCUUGGUAUACCUGAUGAAUUUCUGUGCCCCAUAACAAGAGAGCUUAUGAAAGAGCCAGUCAUUGCUGCAGAUGGCUAUUCCUAUGAAAAAGAAGCAAUGGAAAGCUGGAUUGUAAAACAAAGGCGCACCAGUCCCAUGACAAAUCUCCAUCUUCAGAGCCUUGUACUUACCCCGAACAGAACUCUUAAAAUGGCUAUCAACCGUUGGUUAGAAAAUAAUCCAAAAUAUAAUGAAAUUCAUUGUCCUAAGGAAUGACUGGAGUUUUGUUGAUGUUUAUUUUUUAUGAAUGGUAAUGAAACUAAAGAUAGAUAUAUAAAAUCAGAUAUAUAAAAUCAAA